AUGCCUGGUGGAGCGGUCAUCUCUGGGCCGGUCGACACCACGCGUGUCGAGGCCCCGGUCACAUUCAAGGCCUACUUGAUGUGUGCCUUUGCUGCCUUUGGUGGUAUCUUCUUCGGUUAUGACUCUGGUUACAUCAGCGGUGUUCUCGGCAUGAAGUACUUCAUCCAGCACUUCGAAGAUCUUGAUCCUGCCACUACCGACCCGAAGCUAUUCGUCAUCCCGUCCUCCCGAAAGUCACUCAUCGUUUCCAUUCUCUCCGCUGGAACCUUCUUUGGUUCCCUCAUCGCCGGUGAUCUGGCUGAUUGGUUCGGUCGUCGGAUUACAAUCAUUGCUGGCUGUGCCAUAUUCAUCGUUGGUGUCGUUUUGCAGACCGCCGCUACCAGCAUUGGACUCCUCGUUGCCGGUCGUCUCAUUGCCGGUUUCGGUAUCGGAUUUGUCUCCGCCAUCAUCAUUCUCUACAUGUCUGAGAUUGCACCCCGCAAGGUCCGUGGUGCCCUCGUCUCGGGUUACCAGUUUUGUAUCACCGUUGGUUUGAUGCUUGCCUCGUGCGUGAACUAUGGUACCCAGGACCGUACAGACAGUGGGUCGUACCGGAUCCCCAUUGCCCUCCAAAUGCUCUGGGCUCUCAUUCUAGCCCUUGGAUUGUUCAUGCUGCCCGAGUCCCCUCGGUUCUUCAUCCGCAAGGGCCAGAAGGAUAAGGCUCGUACUGUGCUGGCCCGUAUCCGUGGACAGCCCGAGAAUUCAGACUUUGUCGAGAUGGAGCUGAAUGAGAUUGACGCCAACAACCAGUAUGAACAAAUGGCAAUCCCCCAGGGUGGAUACUUCAGCACUUGGCUCAGCUGCUUCAACGGAAGCCUCUGGCACCCUAACAGCAACCUUCGUCGUACUAUCCUGGGUACCUCCCUCCAGAUGAUGCAACAGUGGACUGGUGUCAACUUCAUUUUCUACUUCGGUACCACCUUCUUCACGCAGCUUGGCACAAUUGACGACCCCUUCCUGAUCAGCAUGAUCACCACAAUUGUCAAUGUGUUCUCCACUCCACUCUCCUUCUACGCCAUUGAGAGAUACGGACGUCGUCCUUUGCUCCUUUGGGGUGCCCUGGGUAUGAUUGUGUGCCAGUUCAUUGUGGCCAUUAUUGGUGUCACCGAUGGCAGCAACCCCAAGGCCGUCAGUGCAAUGAUCGCUUUCAUUUGCAUCUACAUCUUCUUCUUUGCCAGCACCUGGGGCCCCGGUGCUUGGGUCGUUAUCGGUGAAAUCUUCCCUCUGCCCAUCCGGUCCCGCGGCGUGGCCCUCUCCACUGCCUCCAACUGGCUCUGGAACUGCAUCAUCGCAGUCAUCACUCCCUACAUGACGGAUGCCGACAAGGGUAACCUUGGCGCUAAGGUGUUCUUUAUUUGGGGUUCUCUGUGCACCUGCGCCUUUAUCUACACCUACUUCCUCAUUCCCGAGACCAAGGGUCUAACCCUGGAGCAGGUUGACAAGAUGAUGGAAGAGACCACUCCUCGCACUUCCUCUAAGUGGCAGCCUCACAGCACCUUUGCUGCCGAAAUUGGAUUGGACGAGAAGGCUGCCCAUGCACCCAGCGUGACCCAGCAGGAAGUCUAA